CCGGCAUCAAACACACACACACACAAACUCCUUCUCCGAGCCGGACACACAGCCCCUGGCCCGGCAGCCCAGCCCGGCAGCGGAGGACUCACCCCGGCUUCCAGGACUCUCAGCCCGUUGAGACAGUGGACCUCACCGCGCCUUACUUUGUGGACAUGGGAGACAUGGGGGACCCGCCGAAAAAGAAGCGGCUCGUGUCUCUGUGCGUGGGCUGCGGGAAUCAGAUCCACGACCAGUACAUCCUGCGGGUCUCUCCGGACCUGGAGUGGCACGCCGCGUGCCUCAAAUGUGUCGAGUGCAGCCAGUACCUGGACGAGUCGUGCACGUGCUUCGUCCGGGACGGGAAAACGUACUGUAAACGGGACUACAUCAGGUUGUACGGGAUAAAGUGUGCUAAAUGUAACAUCGGCUUUAGUAAGAACGACUUCGUGAUGCGUGCCCGCUCCAAGGUCUACCACAUCGAGUGUUUCCGCUGCGUGGCCUGCAGCCGGCAGCUCAUCCCGGGGGACGAGUUCGCUCUGCGGGAGGACGGCCUCUUCUGCCGGGCAGACCACGACGUGGUGGAGAGGGCCAGCCUGGGCCACGGAGACCCGCUCAGCCCGCUGCACCCCGCCAGACCACUACAGAUGGCAGCAGAACCAAUCUCGGCCCGGCAGCCUGCGUUGCGGCCUCACGUGCACAAGCAGCCGGAGAAGACCACGCGGGUCCGGACGGUGCUGAACGAGAAGCAGCUGCACACUCUGCGGACCUGCUACAACGCCAACCCGCGGCCCGACGCGCUCAUGAAGGAGCAGCUCGUUGAGAUGACCGGCCUGAGUCCGCGGGUCAUCCGGGUCUGGUUCCAGAACAAACGCUGCAAGGACAAGAAGAGGAGCAUACUGAUGAAGCAGCUGCAGCAACAGCAGCCCAACGACAAGACGAACAUCCAGGGUAUGACGGGGACUCCGAUGGUUGCAGCAAGUCCGGAGCGGCACGACGGCGGCCUGCAGGCGAACCCGGUGGAGGUGCAGAGCUACCAGCCGCCCUGGAAGGUCCUAAGCGACUUUGCCCUGCAGAGCGACAUCGACCAGCCCGCCUUCCAACAGCUGGUCAGUUUCUCGGAGGGGGGCCCGGGCUCCAACUCGACGGGCAGUGAGGUAGCGUCCAUGUCGUCGCAGCUCCCGGACACACCGAACAGCAUGGUGUCGAGCCCCAUCGAGGCCUGAGGGACCCCCGCCCCCACCCAUCCCACCGCCCCCUCCCCACCCUCCCAGACCGCACCAAACAACCCCCCUGGUUGUGUUUUGACACUGUGAAGACAAUCAUGGGAUUUUACCACGGACAUCGUCCUGCCGUGACGCGUCAUCACGGCCGGUGCUGCACGUUCACGCGCCCGGUUCCAGUUGCCAAACGGAGACGUGAAGCGGACUCUGUGUUUGACGGAGACACACCUGAAGCUGAACCUGCUGAACACAGACUGGUGACUUUUUUUUAAAAUUGGGACCCCCCCUCUACAUGAAGGAAACAGCACUGCUCUUCAUCAUCACCACCACCAUCCUCUUCUUCAUGACCCGAGUACUAAAGCAUUUGCAACAAGGUUACCUCUUCUCUGCCACAGGCUCCGUGGGACAUCUGUGUGAGUUAGUGUCCGUCCGACUACAUUUUUUUUCUUUCCCAAAGAUGUGUAUAAUUAUUAUUAUUAUUAUUAUUAUUAUUAUUAAUAAGUUAAAAAAAAAACGUUAGCUCUGGAAGAAAAUGUUUCGUUUGUUCCCGUGCAACAAAAAUUAUUUAUUAUUUAUUGUCGACAAAUUUGCCACCUUUUGUGUAACUUUCUUAACUGAAGUAAAAAGAGAAGAAAAAUGA